AUGGCGUCCUCAGUGUUCUUCAAGUUCAAAUCUCAAAAGGAGCCGACGCGAGUUGAGUUCGAUGGUACCGGCAUUUCCGUCUUCGAGCUGAAGCGCGAUAUCAUCCUAAAGAGUGGCUUGGGCGACGGCACCGACUUCGACCUCGCCAUUUACUCGGAGGAUGGCAGUGAAGAGUACGACGAUGACACGACGAUCAUCCCCCGAUCUACAACAGUAGUUGCUCGCCGCCUUCCGGCAGCUAAGCCUGGCGGAGGCCGUGGCGCCCGAUAUGUCUCUGGCAAAAUGCCCGUUGCUGCGAAAAACUCCUCCCGCAAGGAACAGACGACUAAAUCGGCGACGGCUAAGGCCGCAUCCAACGCCAUCAGUCAGAUGAACAAUGCCAUGACGGAAGAAGAGAAGAUGGCAGCCAUGUUCCAGGCUCAGACCGAGUCUUGGUCGGCCCAACAAGAGGAAAUGUCAAAUCAAACCCCCGUGUUCAAGCCUGGCUCCAAGAAGCCUGCAAACGUGCCUGACCACGACCCCCCUAAUGGUUACAUUUGCUAUCGUUGCGGAGAGAAAGGUCACUGGAUUCAGCUGUGCCCAACGAACGAUGAUCCAGAGUUUGAUAAUCGUCCGCGCGUGAAGCGCACAACUGGCAUUCCACGUUCCUUUUUACGCACAGUCGACAAGUCAGUGGCUCUCGCUCAGAGCGGUGACGAUGAGACCAAGAGGCCGUCGGGCAUUAUGGUCAACGCUGAGGGAGAAUUUGUGAUCGCUGAGCCUGACAAGGCCUCAUGGGAACAGUUCCAGGCGAAAGCCAAAUCUUCAGCGUCCGCUGCCAAGGCGAUUGCUAUGGGAGACAAGGAAUUGCAGGAGCAGGGACUCGAGUGCCCUAUCGACAAGAAAAUGUUCAUAGACCCAAUGAAGACCCCGUGCUGCCAGAAGACGUAUUGCAAUGAUUGCAUAACCAAUGCUCUCAUCGAAUCGGACUUCAUCUGCCCCAAUUGCUCUACGGAAGGUGUCUUGAUCGACGACCUAAAGGCCGACGAGGAGACUGCGGAAAAGAUGAGGGAGUUCCUCAAAGAGAAAAGCGACGCAAAAAGCCCGACCGCGGCCUCGCCGCCGCCGGCUUCAUCGCCGAAGGAAAACGCGGAGACAAAGACAGAGCUGGCCAACGGAAUCGCCAAAUCGCCCACAUCGCAGAAUUCGCCUACGGCCACAGCCGCGGCUCCUACUUCAGCCCCAGCAGGCCCGAAAGCCGAUGCCACGCCAAAGUCAACAUCAGCAACUCCCGCCACUGCUCCGUCAGGCCCCGCCGCUGAGCGUGCGUCCUCCGUCGAGUCCAACUCCAAGAAACGCCCCGCUGAUGAGCUGAUGGAAAACCCCAAAAUCCCCAAGGCUCCGAAGGCGAUGCAAAAACAGCAGGAGCAACAACAGGCGAUGAUGAACGGCAUGAACGGUAUGGGUAAUAUGCCCAUGAACCCGAUGAUGGGUUUUGGCGGCAUGAAUAUGAUGAACGGCUUCAUGGGAAUGCCAAACAUGCCCAAUAUGGCAAGCAUGGGUAGCAUGGGUAACAUGGGCAACAUGGGCAAUAUGAAUAUGGGGAUGCCAAUGAUGGGGAUAAUGAACCCUAUGAUGGGCAUGCCUGGUUUUAACCCCAUGAAUGGCGGCGGCUUCCCUGACAUGGGUGGCAACAACGCGUACGGCAACAACUUCGGUGGCAACAUGAACGGCAUGAAUCAUAUGAAUGGCAUGAACGGCGGGAUGAAUGGCGGCGGCAUGGGUGGCUAUAAUCAGCAGCAACGCCACAACUUUACACAGCCGAGCAAUGAUGAGGACGCUUACUUCCGGAGACCCGUGAACCCUCAUCGCCACCAGAACCGCCAGAAGCGUGUCCGACCAAGCGACUACAGAGAGCUGUGA